AAUAGCUUGUUGUAUGCCAUGUUUCCAGCGAUUAAAGAAGUCCUGUGGCUGUCCUCUCUGCAGGAGCACAACAACACCUGGUAAAUUAUUAUGAUUGUUAAUUGGUGUACAGUAGCGUGUAAUAGAUGUUCCCUUUUAAAAUUUUAUCAUUAUUUUUUCUCUCUCUCUUUCAGACGCUGCUUCAAUUUAAAUUUCAUUAUAACAAUGAGGGGGGGGGGGGCAAAGAAAAAAACCUACAAUUAAUUAAUCUUUUCUUUAACUGUGUUUAUCUCUCGAUGUUUGUAUAUUCACAUUAAAGAAUUAAGUUUUAGAAUACAAUUGAGGUUUAAGGGUUACUAAAUCCCCAACAGUAAAAUCAUCUUUUUUUAAAACAACGUAAUUAAUAAUAAUUCUUUUCUUCAGUAAAAUCAGUGUCAAUUUAUAUAAAAUGUUACGAUUUAAAUAAAACGUAAUACUUUCACGAGAAUAAAGUCGUAAUGUUCAGCAAACUCCAUUCACGACUGUACUAACUAAGAAUCGUGUAUAAUCAUUCCUGCUACAGACGUAUAUACACAUUGCGUAAUAUACCCAUCGUGCAGCUGGUCCGCUACGCGAGGGGACAGUCUUCGAGUAACAUCAAAGGCGCCGCUAGCCCUGGGUGACUCGACUUUCACAAGGCGGGGGCAAAGGAAUGGAAUUCUUCAACUUGCCGACUUUGAACUGCUACGGAAUCAAAUAAUUUAAGUGCCAUACAAGAAUCGUGUAUAUUCAUUCCUUUUACAGACGUAUAUACACAUUGCGUAAUAUACCCACCGUGCAGCUGGUCCGCUACGCGAGGGGACAGUCUUCGAGUAACAUCAAAGGCGCCGCUAGCGCCUGGGUGACUCGACUUUCACAAGGGGGGGCAAAGGAAUGGAAUUCUUCAACUUGCCGACUUUGAACUUCUACGGAAUCAAAUAAUUUAAGUGCCAUACAACUAAGAUUUAUUGUUUUUAAUAUUUAUUACAUUUAUUAAUCGUUUAUUAAUCAUUUUCUUUGUAAAUAAUUAUUUUUCUUAACCUUGGGGCAACUUUACCAAUAUGGACACUUCCACUGGUCAAGGAUCAGUUCCAUUUUAUUAAUUAGGGGUGAUGAACGUCUUUUAUUAGUUUUAAAAAACUAUGUAUGUACCUUUUAUCCAUUUUUUUUUGCUAUUACUCUAAAAAAACAAUAAUACCUUGUAAGUAUCAACUGUUAGAAUUUAUUUUUGGGGGGAAAAAUUCAUAACCUCGUAAUUUAAAUGACCAUUCCACCCCUAAUUGGAAUGUGUCAUUAUGUAUUAUAUAAGAGAUGAAGGAAAAAAUUCGCCAUCUUAAUUCCAAAUUCGAAGAGACAGGAUGUUCAUGAUUCUAGUUAUUCUGGUGGUUCAAGUUGAUGCGCGGUGCGGGGUGUCAGAGGGGGUAGUGCAGUGCCGGGACUGGAGGGAGUUUGAGAGCGGAAACUACCCCAUGGCAAACUUCCUCAUCCUGGAGAGGGCAGUGGGGGAGAUUAACAUGGAGGGAUAUUUAGCACUGACCAGACUUGUCAUCCACGACCCACAAGCUGAUUGUGAGGACAUCAAAACAAACCCCUGGACGACGGUCCGCAUAGGCUCCCUCACUUGUCAGAACGCUCAGCACAGCAGUGGGGUCAAAGACAUGAUAACAACAACUACCCUAAGAACCGUCGAAUUGGGAGUUAUUACAUUCAACACACCUUGGAUAUAUGUUAUUCUUGGAGGGACGGGUGUAGUGGUUUUCAUUUUCUCGGGGAUGAUCGUUUGUGUGAUUAAGAGAAGGUGUCAGAGGAGACGGGUGGACCUCGAGAUAGAGUCGCAGUCGCUAACCGAGUUCGACGCGGUUGUGAUGAGAGAUUUUAAGAACGAUUAACUUUCUUUUUAGUGAUCAUUCUGACUUUAUGUGUGAGGAGAAGAGGCCAAGAUCUACACAUGCGAGCCCCCACACCUCCACCAGUCAUGCCAGCGCCACAACCAGCACCACUCCGCCGCUCAACCAGACAGAGGC